AUGAACUUCGCUGGGAAAGUAGUUAUUGUUACGGGAGCGAGUUCUGGUAUUGGAGCCGCAACAGCUGUAUUUUUAUCAAAACUCGGUGCAAAAUUAUCUCUUAUUGGAAGAAACGUGGAAAAUCUUCAAAAGAUCAAUAAAGAUUGUGCUAAAUCUACAUCAACAUUAGUUGUUCCCGCCGAUUUGACGAAAGAGAAUGACAUUGAGAAAAUAGUGAAAAACACAGUAGACCAUUAUGGACAAAUCGACGUUCUAAUUAAUAAUGCCGGUAUAAUAGAAACUGGUACGAUUGAAAAUACUUCUCUGGCUCAAUAUGAUCGACUCAUGAAUACAAAUGUUCGUUCCAUUUACUACCUUACAAUGUUGGCUGUACCACAUAUAAUUAAAACUAAAGGCAAUAUAGUUAACGUAUCAAGUGUAAAUGGUAUCCGUUCCUUCCCUGGAGUUUUAGCCUACAAUAUAUCAAAGGCAUCUGUGGAUCAAUUCACUCGCUGUGUAGCUUUGGAGUUAGCUCCAAAAGGAGUACGAGUUAAUUGUGUUAAUCCCGGUGUGAUUUUGACUGAGCUUCAGAAACGAGGAGGUUUGAGCGAUGAACAGUAUGCAGCAUUUCUAGAAAGGACCAAAGAAACACAUGCGUUAGGUCGACCUGGGAAACCUGAUGAAGUUGCUGCAACUAUAGCUUUUCUAGCCAGCGACUUAGCAAGUAAUAUUACAGGAGCAAGUUUACCAGUCGAUGGUGGCCGUCAUGCAAUGUGUCCUCGUUAA